GGCGUUUCAAAGUUUGUUGUGUCUGGACGCUGAAAUUACUAGCACCUAGGAUGCCGCGUGGAAGCGGAAGCGGCCCUUCCCGGGGGGCCCCUCCGGCCAGCCGGGCCCCUCAGAUGAGGGCUGCUCCCAGACAAGCACCUGCAGCUCAUCCUCCAGCAGCAGCUGCCCCAUCUGCAGUUGGCUCACCUGCUGCUGCACCCAGGCAGCCAGGCCUGAUGGCCCAGAUGGCCACCACUGCAGCUGGUGUGGCUGUGGGCUCUGCAGUGGGGCACACCCUGGGUCAUGCCAUCACUGGGGGCUUCAGUGGAGGUGGUAAUGCUGAGCCUGCAAGGCCUGACAUCACUUACCAGGAUCCUCAGGAAGCCCAGCUGCUGGACCAGCAGUCUCGUGGGCCUUGCUCUCUUGAGAUCAAACAGUUUCUGGAGUGUGCCCAGAACCAGAGUGACGUCAAGCUCUGGCAGGGCUUCAAGGAGGUGUUGCAGCAGUGCAGAAUUGCAAAUGAGGGCCAUCCCCCACUAAUGGAUCGUGUAGAGAAGAAGGUUAAGAAAAGAAGAUACAGUGAAGACUUUUUACAGUACGGUUUUACCUCAAAACUUACAGCAGGGAUUGAGAAGCCGCAGUGUGUUAUUUGUGGCGACGUUCUCUCAGCGGAAUCAAUGAAGCCAAACAAAUUAAAACGCCACUUUGACAGCAAGCACCUGAGCUUUGCUGGCAAGGACAUCAACUAUUUUAGAAGCAGAGCUGAUGAACUCAAGAGAGCCAGACCUGACACUGGUGGCGUCAAGUAUCCCAGACAGAAUGUAAUAGCCGUGGAAGCUUCCUAUUUGGUGGCUCUCAGAAUCGCCAGGACUAUGAAACCUCACACCUUUGCUGAGGAUUUACUGUUGCCCGCGGCCAAAGACGGUGUUCGAGUUAUGAUUGGAGACGAAUUUGUCACGCAGCUGAGUACAGUUUCCUUAUCUAACGACACUAUCCGCAGAAGAAUAGAUGACAUGUCUGCUGAUAUUCUAGAUCAGGUGAUCCAGGAAAUUAAAUCUGCUCCACUGCCAAUAUUUAGUAUCCAGCUCGACGAAUCGACCGAUGUGGCAAACUGUUCACAGUUACUGGUUUACGUGAGGUAUAUUAACGACGGCGACUUUAAAGAUGAAUUCCUCUUUUGCAAACCCCUUGAGCCAACAGCUACUGCCCGGGAUGUAUUUGACAAAGUCAGUUCAUUUCUGAAAGAGCACAAGCUCUCCUGGGAAAUGAUUGGUGGCGUCUGCACAGACGGCGCUCCGGCUCUGCUGGGAAGUCAGUCUGGAUUUCAACACUUGGUACUGAAUGCAUCGCCCAAAGUCAUCGGAACUCACUGUAUGGUUCAUCUGCAAACAUUAGCAGUGAAGACGCUGCCCCAAGAGUUACAGGAAGUCAUGAAAAGAGUCGUAAGUUCUGUCAAUUUUGUGAAGUCCAGCCCUUUAAACAGCCGACUGUUUUCCCAACUGUGCUUGGAUAUGCCGGACAAAGCUCUGCUAUUUCACACUGAAGGGAGAUGGUUGUCCAGAGGAACCGUUUUAAAACAUGUUUUUGAGCUUCGCGAGGAACUCAGGAUAUUUUUUAGUCAGAAAGCAAGACCACAGUUUGAAGCACUUUUCAGCAAUAAAAGUGAAUUGCAGAAAAUAGCUUACUUGGUGGACAUCUUUGCCAUCCUGAAUGAGCUCAAUUUAUCACUGCGAGGACCAAACGCAACAUGCCUCGAUUUGUCCGAAAAGAUCCAGUCCUUCCAAAUAAAGCUUCAGCUUUGGCAAAAAAAGCUGGAUGAAAAUAAGAUAUACAUGUUGCCUACCUUAUCUGCGUUCUUUGAGGAGCACGACAUUGAACCCCCCAAAAGGAUUUCCAUGAUCAUUUCUGUGAAAGAACACUUGCACAUGCUUGCAGGAGAAAUUUCAUGGUACUUUCCAAACCUGCCUGACAUCCCAUUUGCCCUUGCCAGAAGCCCAUUCACGGUCAGAGUGGAAGAUGUUCCCAAGACAGCCCAAGAGGAGUUCGUUGACCUUCUGAACAGCGACGCAGCGAGGAUUGAUUUCUCCACACUUCCAGUUACACAGUUCUGGAUCAAGUGUUUGCAGCCCUACCCUGUUCUGUCCGAGACUGUGUUGCGCCUCCUCCUUCCAUUUCCAACUACACAUCUGUGUGAAACAGGGUUCUCCAGCUUGUUAGUGAUCAAGUCUAAAUACAGAAGCAGACUCGCCGUGGAAAAUGAUCUUCGCUGUGCUCUGGCAAAGACCAUCCCCAGGAUUUCUGACCUAGUGAAAAAGAAGCAAUCUCAACCUUCACACUGAUAAUGGCUUUAUAGAUACUGUCGCAAAACGUAGCAACUUGUGGGGGGUUUUUUGGUUUCUUUUUCCCCCCAAGUUUU